CUGCGAGACGAAGAUGUCAGAGCUACCUUCCCGUUCAUGUGGAGCUCUCGAAGCACAGGGACAGCAGGCUAUUCAAGGCCAAACCCUAGAAAACCAGACCGUAGAACGAAUACCCUGCUCCUCUGAUCCUCAGAUUGGAGAAUGGGAAACCAGAGCUCGAGCUUGGCUCUCAACGCUACCGAAGCGAAGGAACGUCAUGAUGAGUGAGAUGGAAGCUUGGGUUGAUUCUAAUCAGGUCACUCUACCUCCACAACUCAUGUCUUUGCCGCGUCCACAGCUCUAUCAGCGAAUUCUGUCCAUUCACAAGCUCAUGCGACAGUCCAACCAGGCAAUGAAAGCGAAUCAGGUUGAGCCUCCACCUAGUCGCUUUCAACGCACAGAUCAAUGGAUUCCAGUCUAUUCCUGGUUAGAAUCAUUGGAAACGAAGGACGUAGUCAAAUCUAAAGAAAUUGAUGAAUGGCUAUCUAUGAACCCAAAGGUCAAGGAGCAGUUGUAUGCAAGACAUUCUCGAUAUCAUUUGAUGCACUAUGUUCAGAAAUGCCAUUUGAAGAUGUUGAAGAGACGGGAGAAGCAGAAGGGAAUCCAAUACUCAACCCCAACAGCUCAAGUGAAGGUUCAGACUGUGGUGACAACAGCAACAGUUCCUCUUCCUGGCAACUGUUCAAGCAAUCAAUCAAAGGAAAACAACUUAUGUUUAGCUAGGCGAAAUGAAGCCUUACGUAAAUAUGAACUUUUGACAGAUUUGGAGAACCAUCUUUCCAGCAUUCUUUCUAAACAGAAACAAGUAAAACUAGAAGAGUCGGGUUCUGAACCCUUGCUCAGACAGGGAUCAGCAGAUGAUACAAAACAGGGAGGCAAUAUCAGGAAUAUGUCCAGUGUUUCUUCUCAUUCUCAAGGCGCAGGUGUUACAUUGGCUGCAGAAUCCAGGCUUAGAUCACCAUCUGUUUUGAAAGUUGGGAGAAGAAAGGAUAGGAGUAUUGACAUUGUGAUUCCAGCAUGGUCCUCUGCUGAAGCAUCAUCUGAUGUUAUAUUAACUGAUCAGCCCUCAAAUUCAGAAUGUGAAGAAGUAAGGUCACACUCUAUUUCCAAUGGUGGUCUACAGUCAUCCUUAUGCCAGGCAUCUUCCUUGGGAAAAUCUGUUUCUUUCUCAGGAGGGUAUUGGGAAAACAUUGUCAUGUGCCUGCAGGGACGGGAACGAGGGUUUAGCUGGCCAUUAGCAUGUUCCAGUGGUGGUUAUGCUGGAAGAAAUCGGGAAAAAUGGAUUCCUUUUCUUGAAGGUUGGAAGUCAAUUGGAAAACAAUUCAAUGGACCGGCUGUCUAUUUUAAACGGAGAUGUUUUACAUCAUGGAUUCCAACUUGGUGUGCCUAUACAUCGAGUGUGGCUGUUGUUCAACCUCCUGGUGGAGCAGAUCAAGGUGUUCAAAAGGUUUUAGACGUAAGAUUUCAUCCUGAUGGGCUUGGUCAAGUAGUUUGUAGCUCCAAUGAGGCACCAAAUGAGUUGCUAUUGUACAACCUUCAUUCUGGAACUGCAACUGAACUCAGUGGCCACAAUUGCCAGAUCCAAGCGGUCGAAUAUGCGGUGCAUGGUGCUAGUAUUGUUUCUUGUGGUGCAAACUUAUUAAGGGUGUGGGACUCCCGAGCAGGUGAAUGCCUUUUUACUCUGGGGCCAACAGGGGGUGGUCAGGCUUCUUCUGGACAUAGAAAGAAAAUCAAUGCAAUGGCAGUUAAUCAUUUCCAGUCAUGCCUUGUGGUUACAAGUGGCAGAGAGGGGGACGGGAAGCUUCUUUUAUGGAAUGUUCUGACUGGGGAGCUGGCUUCCGACUUAAAUAUGAAUAUGAGGGCUGCAAUCCAGAUUCUCCCCUCCAUUGAUGCAAUGGAGUUUUGUAGUCAAAAUAUCCUUGUCUGUGGAAGUGAUUCUGCCUAUGGAGGUCCUGCGCUGGUGCAGUUGUGGGAUAUUGAGACUUCCCAAAAUUGCCAAUCUUUCCCUGCAAAUGAUGCUUACAUUACUUCCCUGAAAAUAGAUCCAGCUUUCAACACCAUAAUCACAGGUGCUGGGGAUGGGACUGUUGGGCUCUUUGACAUCAGGACAUGUGGUGCUAUAUCUCGUCUGUCAGUGGGUUCCAGUUAUGAGGUGACAUCUGUUUCUUUUAGCAGCUGUGGUACAUAUUUCCAUGCUUCAAGUACAUCAAAUAAUACGCUGGUGUGGGAUACACGACUUUUUCCAAUGAAUCAUGGCCAGAUGCCUGUAGGAAAACCUAUCCCUGUUAAUGAUAUGUCUGAUAUGAGACCUUUACACUGUUUGAGUCAUGGAAAGCAAAUGCCCACUGCAGAACAUACAGGUCAACUCCCGGGUCAUGUUGAUGAGGGUGAUCAAGGUGUAAAUGAUGCUCGGUGGCUUCAUAGAGAACCCGUUUUAGUCACAGUGAGUGGCAACGGAAGCAUUGCUAUGUGGGAUGUCACCCUUGGUCAGCCUUGCAUCAGACACUUGAGAAGCCAUACUCGCUGUGCUAAUACGGUUGCUGUGGCUCCGAAUGAUCAAUAUAUCUGCAGUGGAGGGGAUGAUCAGAAAGUUGUUCUGUACCAUUAUGUGAAGGGCAACACACGCUCGCAAUGGCGUUUGACCCAUCCAUUGACACAGAGAGAUGUAUUAUGUCUAUAAUUUGAUUACAAACUUCUCGCCUACUUUACAACUUAUUUGGUCUUACAAAAGAUAAAUUGAUGAAAAAUUUUUAGAUCUCCUAAAAAACUAGCAGGAAUAUCAUGGAGAUAACAUUUCUGAAUGUGUUUUUGAUACCAUUGAAGCUGUGUCUUCUAUGAGAUGUGAAGCAUGGCGUUGAGCUAACAUCUUCUGUCCCUGUACCUCCUUGAUUUCUUUUAUGAUAUACAUGCCUUGAGUCGUGGAGUUGUUGCUGUUUGAUCCUAGCUGCUGGAUCCCCAUGAAAAGUCUCCUGUUUAAAGGUGCUGCACUACCUAAACCUCCAUUUAAGCUUCUGUUUGAAAUACGAUGGUUACUUGUGCCUGACCGAGAUGUGAACAAAUUCUCUUGUUCAACUACCACCUUUCCCUGCAUUUGUGUCCUCUUUAUCUCCUGAAAAGAAACAUCAGAUAGCAAAAUAAUGACAAGGCGAGAACAUCAUGGCUAGCAUUGGAUAUGUGGUUUACAUGAUAAUGCCCCCCCCCCCCCCCAUUCUUUAAAACCAAUGUAAGAAAGAUUGUAGAUUCUUUGCCUGUUCCAUAUCAACUUCAAAGUUCUACUAUU